CGCCGCUCCUCCGCCGUCUAGCCUGCAGUCCCCCUCCGCGGCCUCAGCUGGGCUUUCCGAGCCCAGGUCGCUGCGUCCCGGAGAGUCAGCUGUUUUUCCCCUGGGCAUAAGAGGCGGAAGCCGAAAGGACGCAGGGAGGGGCUUCGCGCGCUGGGUGAACGCCUGUCCUACGUGCUCGUUCGCUUCGCGACCGCUGUGCGCGAGCCCGGUGUCCCCGCGGCGGGCAGCAGCGGCGGCGCCGGUGGAACUCGGAGGGGGCGGAGGGAGUCCGCGGCGGCGGCGGCUGCAGCAGCGAAAUGGCGGAGACCGUGGCGGACACCCGGCGGCUGAUCACCAAGCCCCAGAACCUUAAUGAUGCCUACGGGCCGCCCAGCAACUUCCUCGAGAUCGAUGUGAGCAACCCGCAGACGGUGGGGGUCGGCCGGGGCCGUUUCACCACCUACGAAAUCAGGGUCAAGACAAAUCUGCCUAUUUUCAAGCUGAAGGAAUCUACUGUUAGAAGAAGAUACAGUGACUUUGAGUGGCUGCGAAGUGAAUUAGAAAGAGAGAGCAAGGUUGUAGUUCCCCCGCUCCCUGGAAAAGCAUUUUUGCGUCAGCUUCCUUUCAGAGGAGAUGAUGGAAUAUUUGAUGAUAAUUUUAUUGAAGAAAGGAAGCAAGGGCUGGAGCAGUUUAUAAACAAGGUCGCUGGUCAUCCUCUGGCACAGAAUGAACGUUGUCUUCACAUGUUUUUACAGGACGAAAUUAUAGAUAAAAGCUAUACUCCAUCUAAAAUAAGACAUGCCUGAAAUUUGGUGAGAAGGGGCAAAAAAAAAAAAAACAACCUCCUGUGACUAUUAAUGAUUCGUAUGCACCAGUGAAGAAGUUCUAUCUAACUUUUAGCAUGCUGCACAGAAACUGGUAUAACAUGCCUUCAGUAUACUAACAUUCAUAUGCUCAGUUUUGUUUUGUUUUGGCAGUUGACAAGAAGUUAAUUUGCUUUAGUGAAAAUCCCUUGUUCCAGCCUUUCUUGCUCUUCCUUGCUUUUUUAAUGUGGUACACGCUAUAACCCCACAAACCUGUUACUCCAGUAUGAUCUGCAGUGUCCUAACUAAAGUUACUGACUUGGUCUUAUCUGCACAGUUUUUGCGUCCUGUUUGCUUCUUGAAUCUGAUUAACUAGAAUAUUUCUCUUACCCCUUUUUAAUAUGUGAUGUCACUUGUCCUAAUUUAUGUGUAGAAGCACUACACCAUUGGUUUCCAGUCCCCUACGUGUGAGAUACACACUUGUGUGCAGAAAGUAUCUCCCUUCAGGCUUGUAAUACCCUUCACAUGGAAGAUCAAUGAGGGAAAUCUUUAUAUUCUGUAUAAAAACAAAAUCCAAUUUAUAUACUAAAAUCAUUUGUCUAAAAAUUUAAGUUGUUUUCAAAUAAAAAUAAAAAUGCAUUUCUGAUAUGCACUGA